UCUCUCUUCUCCCUUACUCCCGCUCCCCGCCGUCUUGGUGGCAUCGCUUCUGCCAGGUGGUCUUAGCGGGGGCGGCGCUGGGCCCUGGAGCGAAGGGCAAAUGUCUGGCGGCGUCGCGAGCGUCGUGUGAAGCCGGAGCCGCGGCCGUGGCGGGCCCCGGUGGAGCUUGCCCAUGGUGCCGCCACGACGCCAUCGCGGGGCAGGAGGAAGGCCAGGUGUGCUGAGUUCCUCGCCUCCUUUUAGACUCAGCUCUGCCAAGUUUUCAGGCCUUGAGGACCUGAGGAAAGCCUUUAAAUUAAGACUGCAAAUGGUGUGUGUAUUUAUCAUGAACCGAAUGAAUUCCCAGAGCAGUGGUUUCACUCAGCGCAGGCGACUGGCUCUGGGGAUUGUUAUUCUCCUACUUGUUGAUGUGAUCUGGGUGGCAUCCUCAGAACUUACUUCGUAUGUUUUUACUCAGUACAACAAACCAUUCUUCAGCACUUUUGCAAAAACAUCUAUGUUUGUUUUGUACCUUUUGGGCUUUAUUAUUUGGAAGCCUUGGAGACAGCAAUGUACAAGAGGAUUUCGAGGAAAGCAUGCUGCUUUUUUUGCAGAUGCCGAAGGUUACUUUGCUGCUUGUACAACAGAUACAACUAUGAAUAGUUCUUUGAGUGAACCUCUGUAUGUACCUGUGAAAUUUCAUGAUCUCCCAAGUGAAAAGCCGGAGAACAAAGACAUUGAUUCUGAAAAAACUCCCAAGAAGUCUCGUGUCAGGUUCAGUAACAUCAUGGAGAUUCGACAGCUUCCAUCAAGCCAUGCUUUGGAAGCUAAGCUGUCACGCAUGUCGUAUCCUACUGUGAAAGAUCAAGAAUCAUUAUUCAAAACUGUGGGGAAACUAACUGCAACUCAAGUAGCAAAAAUUAGCUUUUUCUUUUGCUUUGUGUGGUUUUUGGCAAAUUUGUCAUAUCAAGAAGCACUUUCAGACACACAGGUUGCUAUAGUUAAUAUUUUGUCUUCAACUUCUGGACUAUUUACUUUAAUUCUUGCUGCAGUGUUUCCAAGUAACAGUGGAGAUAGAUUUACUCUUUCCAAACUAUUAGCUGUGAUUUUAAGUAUUGGAGGAGUUGUGCUGGUAAAUCUAUCCAGUUCUGGAAAAUCUGCUGGAAGAGAUACAAUAGGUUCCAUUUGGUCUCUUGUUGGAGCCAUGCUCUAUGCUGUUUAUAUUGUUAUGAUUAAAAGAAAAGUAGACAGAGAAGAUAAGUUGGAUAUUCCAAUGUUCUUUGGUUUUGUAGGUCUGUUUAAUCUGCUGCUGUUAUGGCCAGGUUUCUUUUUACUACAUUAUACUGGAUUUGAAGACUUUGAAUUUCCCAAUAAAGUAGUAUUAAUGUGCAUUAUCCUUAAUGGUCUUAUUGGAACAGUUCUCUCAGAAUUCCUGUGGUUGUGGGGCUGCUUUCUUACCUCAUCAUUGAUAGGCACACUUGCACUAAGCCUUACAAUACCUCUCUCCAUAAUAGCAGAUAUGUGUAUGCAGAAGGUGCAGUUCUCAUGGUUAUUUUUUGCAGGUGCUAUACCUGUAUUUUUUUCAUUUUUUAUUGUAACUCUUCUUUGCCAUUACAAUAAUUGGGAUCCUGUCAUGGUGGGAAUCAGAAGAAUUUUUGCCUUUGUAUGCAGGAAACAUCGAAUUCAGAGGGUCCCAGAAGAUAGUGAACAGUGUGAGAGUCUCAUUCCUAUGCACGGUGUUUCUCAGGAGGAUGGAGCUUCUUAGCUGCUAUUGUCUAUAGUUCAGUUUGAUAAUGGAACAUUAUACAGCGAAGAGACAAUCUCUGGCAAGACUUUUCGAAAAAUGUUUCAGUGCCUAGUCUGAAAAUAACAGUUUCAGUUCUUUGGAACUCUAAAAUAUAUUUUCUGUGUAUCUGUUUUCUUCAUUUUCACAAUGAAGAACUUUUUUUAUGUAGUUGUGUAUAUGUCACUGUAGUUAUAAAAAGUUCCUGUGCACAGGACCAAUCUGCCUUAUCCAUCUCAAGGAAUUCAACUGGUAAAAAUAAUUUGAAUUAAUCAAGGAAUAAGAUCUUGAUGUCUGGUGACUUUUUUCCCACACAUUAUUUGUUAAAUUCUAGAUUAUGCAAUGAAAAUAUUUUCCAGAAAUCAUUUAAGAAUGUAGGUUGUUUCUUUCUUACUGGUAAAAUGCUAAAUAACUUACCUAUAAUAGGUACGGAUUAUAUUUCGAGUUUUGUAAAAUAUUGAAAAUUAAUGCAAAAAAUUUAUGUAUCAAG